AUGAAGUUUUCCUCCACUAUCGCUAUUACUAUUGGUCUCGUGGCCACGGUCUCCGCGGGUCCUCUUGCAUACGGAGCCUGCCAAGCUGGCUGCGCUAGUAUUGUUAUGGCAUGCUACAGCGCAGCUGGGUUUACUUGGGGAGCUACUGCGGGAGCUACAGCUCCAGCAUCGAUUAUCGCCUGCAAUGCUGCUUUCGGGAAGUGCUCUGCAAUACUACCUUACUAUUAG